CAUGGAUCACUGCCUUGCCGUGGUGAAGGGGCUUGAAUAACUCAGAGAAGCUAUGAGCUAUGCCGUGCAGGGCCACCCAAGAUGGACAGGUCAUAGUGGAGAGUUUUGACCAAACGUGAUCCACCUGGAGCAGGAACCGGCAAGCCACUCCAGUAUCCCUGCCAAGAAAACUCCAUGGACAAAGGCAACAGGCAUAUAAAAGUUAUGACGCUGGAAGAUGAGCCCCUCAGGUCAGAAGGCGUCCAACAUGCUACUGAGGAAGAGCGGAGGACAAGUACAAGUAGAUCCAGAGCUGAUGAAGCGGCCGGGCCAAAGCCGAAAGGACGCUCAGUUGCGGAUAUGCCUGGAAGCGAAAGGAAAGUCCAAUGCUGUAAAGAAAAAUAUUGCAUAGGAACCUGGAAGAUUCGCCAGUGGGCCAUCCUGAAAGCCAGGAGCCUGGGGAAGGUGGACAGGGACGACUAUUACAACAUCCAGGAAGUGUUGACGUGCUUGUUCAGAGUCAUAGAGCUGGACCACUUUGAAAACUCUGAUACUUAUAACCUUGCAAUAGUCGAGAAGGGGAAUCUUAUCUUGUUGCCUCGCCAUCUGUAUGAUACCACCAGUUACAAAAACUACUGGCUAGGUAUCUGUAUGUUGUUGAUGGUGCUGGAAGAACAAGCCAUGGAUUUGUUGUUGUUUGGCCCAGACAAGCAGAUUGACUUCAUGCCGUGCAUAAUGAAGGCCAUGAAGAAACCAACGGAGGGCUCCCUGCCUGAGAUGACAGAGUUGGUCUUGGAGGCAGUGUUGGGGACUCCCAGACUACUGGUUCUGGGAGACUUCAACAUCCAUGUUGAGACAGCUGGCUCUGGGGCGUCUCAGGACUUCAUGGCUGCCAUGACAACCAUGGGGCUGUUCCAACAUGUCACCGGCCCAACACACAAGGCAGGCCACACUCUGGACCUUGUUUUCUGGACUGGACAGGAAGAGGGUGAAGGUGGGGGACAUUGA